CUAAGCGUAUAAUUAUUAUAAAUGUAAAAAAAUAUAUAGGCUGUAAAAUAUUGAAAGAAAGAGGCGCGUGAAAUCUCUCCAUUCACACGCGAGCUGAUGGAUGUGAGAGAUGCGUGAUCUCAUUAUAUAUUCAGUACAUUCUCUCGAGACCACUGGAGACCUCACGAGCAGCGGUGAUACUUACAGAACGCCCACCUACACCACAUUUUUGUCUUUGACUUUUGCCUUGGAGCACGCAGACGUGAGAUGAUCGCAGGAUAAGGUUGAAUUCAUUGGCAGUAUCGGUGUUAAAACAGCUGCUUACGUUCUCAGCUCUGAAUGCAGCAGAUGAUUGUGUUGCGUGGACCGCGCGCACUGACUGCUGUGAGAAACUGUGAUGUAUCUUUCCCCUAAGCGCUGUUAUUAUCAGUUUUGAUCUGUGAUUUAAGAUGCCGAGGUUCCAGCAUUUAAACAGCACUAGUAUGCCAAAUCACAAUUAUGAAUGGAGCUACGAAUACUACGACGACGAAGAGCCCGUGUCUUUUGAGGGACUCAAAGCACAUCGAUAUUCCAUUGUGAUCGGCUUUUGGGUGGGUCUAGCAGUUUUUGUAAUUUUUAUGUUUUUUGUUCUGACUCUUCUGACCAAAACAGGAGCACCACACCCAGAGGUCGCGGAGCCUUAUGAGAAACGAAUGCGUCUCACAAGCUGCGCCGAGGGUCUGGGUUGCCAACGUGAGGCAGACGCCCGAACGGGUCUCUCUCGCCCAUUGCUGGAAGAGUCCCGGUCUCUUUUUCAGUGUUACAUUAAUGAAGAAGAGCGAGAAGGAGGCAGGGCCACUGCUGGUGCUGCCCACGGACGUACGGGCAGCGGCGACUCCAGAGACCAGGUGGAAACGGUCGGACUAGUCGUGCAAAAUAUGGUCAUGGAGACCAGGGCAGAACGAGAGGCGACGCUCCUGGCGCAUUUUAACAUCCCCAACUUUGUGAACUCAGAACUGAGCUCUGCAUUGGGGGAUGAAGAUUUACUACUGGGCGAUCCACCGAUCAUAAUGGAGGAGGCCCGUCCGCGCUGUACCCAUCAUAUCAUUGACUAAACCACCAGUUUGAAGAUGGGCUUUUUUCACUCAUCAUGACUCCAUUAUUGUCUUCAACUCAGCCUAUGAUCUCUGAAAAUGGAGAGUGAUGGUGUUUUGCUUCAAAAGCUCUGCUUUUGCAGUGCAAACUUUAAGGCUGAGCUAUUUUCUGACAUCUGGGUUCAGUGAUGCAUCUGCUACAGUGAUGCAUAAUGUCAGUCUGAGAGUUAAAAAAAGAUGGGAUUGCAUGAAUGGGAUUUGGCGAAUGUGUUCUUGACAGCAGCGACAGCAUGCUAAAAGACUGUUGGGAAGCCUGUGUUUAGAAAAAGCUAGAUAUUUAAAAGGUCAUGAAACCCCCCGUUUCAGCACU